UCUCUCUCUCUCUCAAUAAGUUUCUUGCAAGAAUUUGAGCAUUAAGAAUGCCUUCCCAACCCAACGUCCCUGAAAGGACCAAAAGAUCAACUUGCCAUGAAACCAUGGAAAGAGAAGAAGAGAAGGAUGGCAUUGGCAUGGAGGAGUAUUUCCCUUCUCCAUCUGAGCCUAAACCCAGUCACCCUGAACAUGAUGACCACAACGCCUCAUUCCGAAUUUUCCAUGAAAACAUUUCAUUGGAGAUGGAAAGGGCUAAACUAUCGACCAGGAGAGAGAAUUUUCCCCAGUGUGAUGCUGUUCAAUCAGGGUCACAAGGGGAUAGUAUUUUCUUGACCUGGGAGGAUCUCUGGGUCACCGUCUCCAACGGGAAAACUAAGUGCCGCUCGCUCCUUCAGGGUCUCACGGGCUACGCCCAGCCUGGCGAGUUCUUGGCCAUCAUGGGUCCCUCUGGCUGUGGCAAAUCCACCCUCUUGGAUGCAUUGGCAGGAAGAUUGAGUUCAAACACAAGGCAGUCUGGGGAGAUCCUCAUCAAUGGUAGAAAGCAGACGCUAGCUUUUGGGACCUCCGCCUACGUGACCCAAGAUGACACCCUCAUGACAACAUUAACCGUCAGAGAAGCCGUAUAUUAUUCUGCCCAGCUCCAGUUGCCAGACUCCAUGUCAAGAUCUGAAAAGAAGGAGAGAGCUGAGAUGACAAUGAGGGAACUGGGCCUGCAAGAUACAAUGAAUACAAGAAUAGGAGGAUGGGGAAGUAAGGGACUAAGUGGGGGCCAGAAAAGGAGGGUCAGCAUUUGCAUUGAAAUCUUGACACGCCCAAAGCUUCUGUUUCUAGAUGAGCCCACCAGUGGGCUCGACAGUGCUGCAUCCUACCAUGUCAUCAAAAGAAUUGCUGACCUUGCCCAACAAGAUGAAAGGACUAUCAUUGCAUCAAUACAUCAACCUAGCAGUGAAGUUUUUGAGCUCUUCCACAAUCUCUGUCUUCUAUCCUCUGGUAGAACAGUUUAUUUUGGUCCUGCGUCUGCAGCAAAUGAGUUCUUCGCAUUGAAUGGUUUCCCAUGCCCAACUUUGAGGAAUCCGUCUGACCACUUCCUUAGAACGAUCAACAAAGAUUUUGAUCAGGAUAUUGAACAAGGUUCUGAUGGAUUGAAGAUGACCACAGAGGAAGCAAUCAACAUUCUUGUGCGUUCAUACAAAUCAUCGGAAAUUUGUCAACAAGUUAGAACACGGGUGGCUGAGUUAUACAAGAAGGGAGGAAAAACUCUGGAGAAGAAGGGAAGUCAAGCAAGCUUCUUUACUCAGUCACUUGUUCUUACAAGAAGAUCUUUCGUCAACAUGUACCGUGAUGUAGGCUACUACUGGUUACGAUUUGCUGUCUAUAUCUCUCUUUGUUUAUGCGUGGGCACGGUAUUUUACAAAAUCGGUCAUAGCUAUGGCUCAAUUCAGGCGAGAUCUUCGGUGCUCAUGUACAUAGCUUCAUUCAUAACGUUUAUGGCAAUUGGUGGAUUCCCUUCUUUUGUUGAGGACAUGAAGAUAUUUGAACGAGAAAGGUUAAAUGGGCAUUAUGGAGUUGGUGCUUACGUUAUGGGCAACACACUUUCUUCCAUCCCAUACUUGCUUCUAGUUUCUGCAGCUCCCGGGGCAAUUGCUUAUUACUUAGUUGGGCUUCAAAGGGGAAUUGAGCAUUUCGUGUACUUCACACUACUGCUCUUCAUUUGCACUCUAUUGGUUGAAAGCUUAAUGAUGAUCAUUGCAAGUGUUGUACCAAAUUUCCUUAUGGGCAUAAUUUCUGGAGCUGGAAUUCAAGGGUUGAUGAUGUUGAAUGGUGGAUUCUUUCGACUGCGAGAUGAUAUCCCAAAUCCUUUCUGGAGAUACCCAAUCUACUACAUUUCUUUUCAUAAGUAUGCGUUUGAAGGGUUCUAUAAGAAUGAGUUUGAAGGGUUAACAUUCCCCAGCAAUCAAGGAGGGCAGCCCAUAUUAAUGAGUGGAAAUGAAAUCUUGAGGAAAACAUUGCAAAUGGACAUGGACUACUCCAAGUGGGUUGAUCUUGCAGUCUUAUUAGGCAUGGUGGUUCUUUAUCGGCUCAUCUUCCUUGGUAUUAUAAAGUUUGUUGAGAAGUUUAAGCCCAUUAUUAGAGCUCUUGGAACUAUUUCCCCCAAGCAAACAACACAAGUCAUGGUGAACCCCUAUUCUACACCUUUACAUGAAGCAGGCAUAUAGCUCUGUUUUGCUUCUUAUGUAUUACUGGUAAUUCAUGGAUAGUUUCUUGUUAUAAGUGGGCAGUUUCUAACGUGAGAGUAAAAGACAUUUAUGCCCAUUGUAUGCUUGAACAAGAGGGGUAGAAAACGUCCACUGAAAACUCCAGAAAGAAGGGGCAUUCGCUCUUUUAUAGGUAGUAUAGAUAUAGGUUAUGUAUUGGUUGUAUUGUAUGCAUGAUGCUCAUAUGUCCAGUCCUCGUUAUUGUAUUUUGGAUUUUUUUUACUUAUUUGUUUGUAUUAGGGAUUAUUGUAACAAAUAAGUUUAAGUGGUGGUUAUGAUAAGGUUGAAUUGGAUUAGGAUAGUUUGGAUAUAAUU